AUGGAUCCAGCAGACCUGAAUGACGGUGUAGAGCAGGCUCCUCCGCCCGUCCUGACGAUUCCCCAGUCGCGCAUGCAGCGUAUUACUGCCACUUUCGUCAAUCCUAUCCGCAAGGCACUCGGAUACAAGGAUGAGGAACCCGUGGAGCCACAGAGACAGAUCGAUCCCGCUCAUGGCAGCUACACUGCAUUCGCGAAGUUGUUACGAAGUCCACCAAUUAACGACAGGGAUAAGCGUCAUGUCUUUUUUGCGGCCAUGAAGUCCAUGACAGCCCUUCCCGAGGAUUCACCGAUGCGGGCAAAGUUCAACAAGACCUUCAUCGACAUUGUGAACAACCAGAAACGACCCGCCCCUCGAUACCUGAGGUCUCCUGCUUACCACGCAUCCGUGACUCCGCAGCCCUACGCUCGAAGUGCGGACCCCAGCUCAGUCUCGCAUUCGCUGCCGGAUGCUGCUUCAGUUUUUGAUGGUCUCCUCAAAGCACACACAUUUUCCGAGCAUCCCAACGCUAUCUCUGGAAUGGUUCCAGCAUUUUUGGCUAUCGUCUCGCUAUGUUUGUUUCGCACUAAAGAGGAUGAUCCUGAAUUCAAUGAUACGUCUCCGUAUCUCGACCUCUCGCCGCUAUACGGUUCAAAGCCAGAGGAUGAAGACUUAGUCCGCCAAAAGGACGGUCGCGGGAUGCUAUGGCCUGACUGCUUUUUCGAGGACAGACUCAUGUUUUUGACGCCAGCAGCCCAGGCGCUUCUAAUCGUUUGGAACAGAAACCACAACUCCAUUGCGAAUCGCCUGCUUCUGGAAGGGGGAUUUCCUCUCCCGACUGAAGAUUCAUUCUCACAGCAAAAACUGAAGGAACAGGAUGACAAGAUAUUCCGCACGGCUCGUCUCAUCAACUGUGCUAUGUUCAAGAAGGUCAUUGUCGAAGAUGUUCUGAAGGGCCUCUUAGGACUACCCAGCGUGGGCAGUACCUUGAAUUUGGAUCUGUUGGAAACGACGCGCAGUGAUGAUAAGCCGCCCAAAGUGAAUGCACCGGAGCAUAGGUCAUGCAUUGAGUUCAGUCUGAUAUAUCAUUGGUCUUUCCUAUCAUCUGUAGGUGAUAUUGAGUGGAUGAAAGGUGUCAUGGAGCAAACCUUCGGAAGCAAGGACAUCGCUGAUUUGACCCUCGACGACUACGACAAUGCCGUCAGGAACUACAAGACUGAAGUCGAUUCCAAUCGCAGGAGGCGUAACUUACCUGGGCUUCUCCGUGGCGACGAUGGCUUGUUCGACGAUAAUGAACUCGCCAAGCCUGGUUUACAAGCCGAAGACUCCUCCCCUGGUACAGGAUUUGGUCUCGGGUAUACAACCACUUUCGGACUGUUGGUUGAUCUGGUUGGUGCCAUUCGUGCAGACCCUUGCAAUUCUGAGUAUACGAGAGAAGUCUUGACCGAGUGGGGGUACAACGAAUGCUUCGGAAAGUCGGACAUUGGAUCGUUUGGUGCUCUUCUUCCUAAAGUUCUCUCCAGGACUUUACCGCAAAACUAUCCCUACGACAAUACUUAUACCCUCUUUCCAUUUACCGCCCAAGGCCCAGGUCAAAAUGCGCUUAAAGUUCUCAAUGAGCAGUACAACCGAGCGAGGCCGUGCGGAACGAAAAUCCUUAAGACGAAAGGGGCUAUUAGUCAAGUCUUAAAUAAUCCUGAAAACUAUGCCAGUUGUUACAGUCAUAACCUGAAGGCGCUUCUCGGUGGUUAUGGGUUCCUCUUGGGCUUCGAUACGAAGAAGCUGCACGAUGCCGAUGAGCUCAUGAUUCUGCAUGCCCUCCUUCCUGACAAAGGGAUAUUAUCAAAAUAUGCGGAAUAUUUCGCUCGGACAGCAGAUGAACUCAUCCUGGCGAAGGAAGGUUCAGUCGACAGGGAAGGUUCAGUCGACGUCGUGAAAGACGUGAUCGAAGCAACUUGCUCGCGAUGGAUUUGCAAUGCUAUGGCGAGUCACAGCUUCAAUUGGUACCCACCGUUUCUUAUACCCCCUUAUAGUACGAUGUACGAGCAAAAGAUCCCGCAAGCCCAAGCGAAAUAUUCGAGACAUUUCGAGAGCUAUAUGCGUGAGUACUGUCCACCCGCGACACGGCAUAACGAAGCUCAGACUCUCGGUUUUCCCAGCUAUGUCUUUGAGUUUAAUGAGCCUGAUCAAGCAUGGACUGCUCGUGCCAGAGCUUUAAAAAAGAGUAGACGGCUCAUGGACGACAUAGCAAAGACAGUCGAGAAAACUCUGGCGACCUCCGAAGAGACCCUGAGUGAGCGCAUAGCUCGAGUCUAUAAGGAGGCCAGCGGCCUUCCGGUCGGAAAGCUGUCUCCCACACCUUUCUUAAGCAGGCUCGCCAUGAAGCACCGGGAUACGUUGCGACAUUUUGCAGGCUGGGACGCCAUUCGGAACACUGCAGAUCUUAAGAUGCUGGAGCUGUUCCGCGAUGAAUGCUGGAAACCAUUACCAGAGACGCAGACCUUGAGCCACCGGGACCAGCUAAGGCGCUCGCUGCGCCUGCGAGAACUUGAGGAGAAGUUCCGAAGUACUCGUAUCGCAGCCAACAUACUGGGGCUCUGCAUCAUGUCCGUUAUGAUGACAGAAGUAUGCGCUCGGGCCGUCGAGUUCUAUCUCAUUCACGGAGGCAGAGAUGAGAAGGAAGAGAUUAUUCGGAUUUCGAAAGCCGAGCCGACGAGUGACAAUAAUCGCAAGAUUAUGGGCUUCAUCCGGGAAGCACAGAGAUUGGCGUUGCCCCCGGGGCUCUUCCGAGUUGCUCGCGGGCUACCCGACGGUGGCGAAACCAUUGCUCAAGGAGAUGGGUAUCCCGAGGUAGUAGUCUACAAUGGCGACCGAGUCUUCGCCAACUUCGCAGCACAGCUGGUGGCAACAAAUGACAUGCGCAUCAAUCCGCACCGUCCUAAUCCUUAUAUUCAUGGUUUGGGGUUUCAUAAAUGCCCAGCCAUCAGCCUGGUCGAUGGGGUUCUUCCAGAGUUGUUCAAAGCUAUCUUCCGCAUGGAGAACCUCAGGGUCGGUGAAGGCGGUCGUCUCACAGGGGGAGGGACUGGUGGAAAACAGCGCUCUCUGGUCCGCAGAGGAACCCCACUCCGGUCACUUAUUGUGAAGUUCGAUGGCGUGUACAAACCCCCCAUUAGGUGGAAAGAGCCUCAGAGCAUGCGGGAGAAGUCCGAAUGGUGGCAACACAUCGUCCACAGGAUCAAGCUGACCCUGAAAGUGGUCGUGAUCCUAUUCAUUAUCCUAGGCGUAUCCAUUCUAUUCAUGAAAGUCACGCCGGCUGUACCUCAAGUUCAUAUGCCUUCAUUGCCAAGACUGCGCAUGCCCUCGAUACAUAUGCCCAACUGGUUCGAGAGGACACCUCAAGAUGCCGUCUGCAGACAGCCGCUCACCGCGUUCGACCCAUGGCAUGCGGAGACCAUUCGGCCCGGGCCCGACGGUAAACCGCGACCGAUCGAAUACACGUACAAGUCUCGCAGGCCGCACCGCCUCAGUGUCGUAGACAUUGACAAACGGGACAUGCAACUGGAGCUCUUCGUUGACGGGCAGUCGAGAGGAGUGACGACGGAAUUCACGCUCGACAAGGCCGUGGACUGUGGCGAAGACCUGAGGAGGUGUCUCCAGGAGCGUUUCAGCGCGGGUGUCAUCGAGAUACCGCCCGGGAAGCAUACGGUGAAGAUCGCUUGGGCAGGGAAAGAAUUUGUCGAGGGAACGAGGGAUAUUGAUUGGGGAGCUGACAGAGUACGGAGGUUCGAGAUGCUGCGCGAGGAUUGCUCAUGAACGGCCCGACGUUAUGCUGCAUGCUCGUGUACUGAUUAUGCUUGAUCCGGAUAUUGUAUUAUUGAGCUGGUCUCCCAGAAUUCUCGGACGUUGCAGGCGUAGAGCUGGAGGUAUUAAUUGGAUGACCUUGUCUGGUAUGGCGCAUUGGCUGUGACAAGCGUAGCCGCAACGUGGUUGUCAGUGCGAGAGAGCGCCAGGUUGUCCCAGAUCUGGCGGGGUGGCAAGUCGAAGGAGGUAUGUCCAAUCUCAUUAUCAAGAUCUGUGGUGCAGCAUAUCCCUUUCCAACUGGGCGAGGAAAGCGUCCGCCGGAUUGACAGGUGUCGUGUUGACUGUUGACCUCGUUACUUCCUUUCCCAUUGCAGGCGGCACCGCUGGUCGGACCUGCGCUUUCUGCGCGGCGAGCGGGUCACUACCAUCCGGUGUAGGCGAUGAGGAGUGUGUUUCUCCGCCCAUCUUGAACUGCGGAGCUGCAGCAGGUGCACUCGCGAUAUCGGCGG